AUGAGUUGGUGGUUGUCAAGAUCUAUAGGCGCUGCCAAGAAGAAUUUAGACGAAGAUGAAGCACCGCGAACCUCCCAGAGCGUUGCUCUGAUAAUCGGCGUCACAGGCAUCGCCGGCAACAGCCUAGCCGAAAUUCUACCUCUACCCGACACACCAGGUGGCCCAUGGAAAGUCUACGGCGUUGCACGGCGUCCUCGUCCUUCCUGGAACGCCGAUCUCCCAAUGGAAUACAUCCAAUGCGACAUCACUGAUUCAAAUAACACCCAAACCAAACUCUCCGUUCUCACCGAUGUAACUCACGUCUUCUUUGUCUGUUGGACAAGCUGUCCCACGGAAGCUGAAAACUGUAAAGUUAACGGCGAGAUGUUGCGGAACGUCCUGCGUGCCGUUAUCCCAAACGCUCUGAAUCUCCGCCAUGUGUGCCUUCAGACUGGCGCCAAGCACUAUGUAGGACCGUUCGAACUGAUCGGCAAGAUUAAUAGCCACGAGCAACCGUUUACGGAGGAUCUACCGCGUUUGGAUGCACCUAAUUUUUAUUAUGUUCAAGAAGAUAUAUUGUUUGAAGAAACUCGUAAGAAAGAGGGUUUGAGUUGGUCUGUUCAUAGACCUCAAGUUAUAUUCGGAUUUUCCCCUUAUUGUUUGAUGAACCUUGUUGGUUCACUUUGUGUUUACGCUGCAAUUUGCAAACACGAAGGUGUUCCUUUGAGGUUUCCUGGUACUAAGGAAGCUUGGGAGUCUUAUUCUGUGGCUUCUGAUGCGGAUUUGAUUGCUGAGCAAUAUAUUUGGGCUGCACUGGAUCCCUAUGCUAAGAACGACGCUUUCAAUUGUAGCAACGGUGAUGUUUUCAAGUGGAAGCAGUUAUGGAAGGUUUUGGCGGAACAGUUUGGGAUUGAGGAGUAUGGUUUCGAGGAAAAAGGCUCUCCUUUGAAGUUUUCGGAAUUGAUGAAGGAUAAGGGUCCUGUUUGGGAUGAGAUUGUGAGUGAGAAGAAGUUGCAACCAACGAAAUUGGAACAAGUUGCUGAAUGGUGGUUUGCAGAUUUUAUGUUUGGAGGAGAAGGGUUUGUGGAUAGCAUGAACAAGGCUAAAGAAUAUGGGUUUGUAGGGUUCAGGAACACUAAGAAUUCUCUUAUAAAUUGGAUUGGUAAGACCAGAGCUUACAAGAUUGUUCCUUAA